AUGCCGUCCGCUGCGGCCCGUCGACUAUACGAGGAUCAAAUACCGACCUUCAUGUCCGUGUUUGAUCUUGACGCCGAUACCAUGGGUGACUGUGACACCGUCACGGUUCUCGAACCCAAGCUUGUCGGCAUGGACUCCAAGACGGUCCUCGCCGCGCCUGCGCAGGAUGGCGCCAUUCACCAAGACCCCAAUCAUAAACACAGCGACAGCAGUUUGACGCAAAUGUCAGAGUCGGCCGAUUCUUCACCCACAACCACCUUGUCGACCACCGACUCUUCGCCUCUGACCGAUCGAUCACCCUCCUCCUCACCAGACUCUCCCGUUAACUCUAAUCUCAUCCCCCUCAGCAACUACCCGAGUACCACAUUUGGCGCCCUUCCCGUCACAAACACCACGGCUGUGUUCCCGGCCGGCGAUGCUACCGCGCUUAGCCGCCCCAUGACAUCUCCCGCACCCCGUCGUCCACGUAACAUGAAAGGUCUCUCUAUUCUUCCCCCUCUAGCUGUCACAACAAUGGCUGCCAAGGCGCCCGCUCCCGAGCCCGUCUCGCCCUGCUUCAUAAAACCUCAAAUACCGGCCAUGAAGCGCAAGCCUAGCCAGCUCAGCCUUCGCACAAAUACCAACGAUCUCAUGCGACCAGUUCUCGAGGUGCCACCUUCGCCCGCUAUGCCCCCGAUUCUUCAGCGCCGUGCGCUUAAACAUUCGACAUCGACACCCCAUAUGCUGAGCAUGAUCAAGACAUCACAAGCGCCUAGCCUCCUACCGCCGCUGCCUUCAUCACGUAUGCUUGAGCGCAACGAAUCUGGUCUCUCCGAGUUCCUGCGUCCCAUGAAGACUGGAAUGCGAGCGUCGUUUGACGCCGCUAUCGCCGAAGAAGACUCGCCCAUCAAGCCACAAAUGGCUAACCGCCAGGACUUUGAGCCGUAUGACGAGAGCAUCAACAAUGAGGACCAAAAGUCGCCCACGUAUCCUGAUGGUCCCAUCGCCAUCUACCAAGACAACGUCUACUUGUACCUGGAACCCACCGCGGAAGAAGCUGCCAAGUUUGACGUCGUCUUUAAUGUUGCUCGCGAGGUAGAAAAUCCCUUCGAGGCGCUAAAACGCAAGUCAGCCGACGAACUUGCUCGGCAAAUACAGCCUGACGACAGCCCGAUUCCUGACACUGCUGUGACCACUGCCAGCUUUGCCACCGCUUUCGAAUUUCAGCCCAAUGACGGCAACAUUGAGACACCAACCACGCCCAAGGCCAACCCUCUCAAGACCCCCGAAUACAUCCACAUCCCUUGGGACCACAACACCGAUAUUGCACCAGACCUGAUGGAUCUGUGCGAAUCCAUUCAAGGCCACACCAAGCAGGGUAAAAAGGUUCUCAUUCAUUGCCAGCAAGGCGCCAGUCGCUCUGCCAGCUUAAUCAUUGCCUAUGGCUUGUAUCUCAACCCCGAUCUUAGCGUCAAUGACGCCUACUAUGCUGCUCAAGCCAAGAGCCGCUGGAUCAGCCCCAACAUGAAACUCAUGUACUCGCUGCAGGACUUUCAAAAAGAGCUCUCAAAAAAGCGCCCCGCCCCGACCUCUUCCGCUUUCCGCCCCCGUACAGGACGCAGCCCCAACAAGCACCGGCUGACCCUGUCUGCUGAUGCCAUCGAUGUCUCCCCCAAAGAGCCCUUGUCUGCGCCGCUUCCUAGCGAGGAGGAAAGGUCGAGGGAAGAAAUGCUCAAAGAUGGCAGUAAGCGUGCACGAGGCAAUUCUUCCCCCGGCUUGCAAGACGUCUCGCCAGGGCCUGCAUCGGCGCCAUUGACCUUUUCUUGGAAGAACAUGGAGCCCUUUGCUUCGGUAGAGAAGGAAGACGCUAAGGACGUGGAUAUGCCAUUGCCCCCGAUACCGACCAUCACUGCUCCGUUGCCUUGCAUCCCGCCCAUGCCAACCGAGGCACCACCGCCGAUUCCGGCGCGAGCGCCGCUGCGGCUUAGCCAAGUGCCCCCGCGGCCCAAGUCGGGCAUGAGCCGGCCGGAACCCAGCUCCAACAAGGAUGCCGUGUCAUGGUUGGACAGCUUACAACCGCCUGUUCCUCGACCUCGAUCCAGCGUGGGCAUGAGGGCGCUUCCGCUGCGAAGCUACCAGGACCAGAUGCCUUCCACCCUCGACGCCCGCGCCAGCUCAACCACGCAAAGCAUCAAUCUCCCGACGACGCCGUACGAGGAGCCCCCGCUGCUAUCUCCACGCGCUGAGACUAUGACGAAUCACCGCCAAGAGUACAACAGAUUCCCCGGGUUCACUGGUAUGCAGCCGAUGGACGCGGUAGUGGCCGCAGCCGCACCACCUGUUGAAGACGGCCUGUUUUCGCCACGAGCAACGACGUUCCCUCCUGAGGCGACGAUCUUCUUUGGUCGGCGAGAUCUGAUGGUUGACCCACGCAGCCCACCGACGCGAGGCGAGGCGCCCAUUAUCCGAUCCAUUGAUGACUUUUUAUGA